GUUCAAACGCGGUCGGAUAAAUUCGGAGCUCAGGUGAGCGCUUUGAAAUGUGCACACAAAGUUAUGUUCAGAUUCAGAAAACUUUAUUUGUAUCCAGGUGUCAAUUGCGGGCACACAGAGCAGGCAACAACGAAAAGUGUGAGUGGAUGAGUGGAAAAGCUCAGUUAAGAAAUUAAAUAACAUAGAGUAAACUAAUUUGAAUGAAUAUAUACAUGAAAUAAAUGAAAAAACACACCUGGCGAUGAGUAGUGCAACGACUCAACAUCAUAUACAAUAUACAUUAGGUAGGUAAACAAUAAGCAUAUAUCAAAGGAAAACGUCAACGUAGAUAUUAUAGUGCCAAUACAAUAUUUUAUAAGGUCUGAAUUAAUCGUAAACGUUGAAAUGUAAUUACUGCACUUUAAAAAUAUAACUAAAUGAUCUGAAAUCCUAGCUUGUGAUAAUACGACUAGACAUCCCAGAUUUCUGCGGAUGACCUGUCCCCGGCUAAGCUAUCCCCGAAAAUGUCCCUAUACUAUGACUAUAGCGUUUUAUGAAUGAGAAAAAAAAUGUUGCGCGCAGACUUCAACUAUUACGGUUGUCGCUGGCGCUGCUAUUGACUUUACAGACAUAGUAGUUUAAAUAUGUUUAAAUAUGAACAUAUAUAUAUUAUAUAUCUUCAUUCCAUCUUAAUGACAUUAAAUUAUUGUUUCUUUCUUUAUUUCUUUCCCUUUUUUCCAUCUCCGAGCUGUAAAUGUCUCCGGGUUUCAUUUCAUAAAUCUGGUUUGUUAAAUGACACCAAGAAUGGGCGGGUUUUGUGCCGAGUGCGGCAUUUACCGAAACAUGUGAAUGCAGCCCACGUCAUUUGAUGAGAAGCGACGGCUGAAUUUUCCCAACAACUCAUGAGAGAUAUUCCUUCAACUAAUUUUACCUGUCUGCGCCUGGACAAAAGACGUGAACGAUAACUUGAGGGGAUCCAGUCAGCUAGUGAGAGGAAGCCCACCACCAGCGACCCUUGAACUGAGCAGCUGUGAUCUGAGGUAGCGGCGUUCACGUUGCUCCGCUAAAAACACACGCAUUUCUGCUACGGAUUCUCAUGGAGGCUGUUUUAAGCUGCAAACCAGAGGACUUGGAGGACUACUACGGGUUAUUAGGGUGUGAUGAAUUGUCAUCGACCGAACAGAUUCUCAAUGAAUACAAGAUCCGAGCUUUGGCGUGUCACCCAGACAAACAUCUAGACAACCCAAGAGCUGUGGCAGAUUUCCAAAAGCUGCAGGAAGCUAAAGAAGUUCUAUGCAAUGAAACCAAAAGGAAAAACUACGACCACUGGAAACGAAGUGGCGUCACUAUUCCCUUUCAUGACUGGCAAGCCAUGAAUGACUCAGUAAAAACUUCGAUGCACUGGGCCGUGAGAAAUAAGAAGGAACCGAUGCUGGAGGCCGGCAAACCAGAGGGACAAGUCACCUCACAAGCAGGAGACCUUCACUGUGAGCAGGAAGCACCAGACGUCCCUUCAUAUGAAGCUGUGCCACCCGCAAGUGAAUAUUGCCAUCGACGUUUCCGCUGGGCUGCUGACUCUCCGUCUAGUCUGCUGCAGAAGUUCAGAAAUUAUGAAAUAUAAGUACAUUAUGUGUUAACUGGAUGUACGUUUGACUCUGUUAAGUGUAGCAUAUUUUUUUCCCGUCUUGCCGAAGUAGAAAUUGUGACAUGUUGUAAAAUGUGUCUUUUGCAAGAGUGAAGCCUGUAAGAAAUAUGAGACCAAUUCAUGUUAGAAUAUUAUGUCUUUACUGUCGUUAUGCCGUUGUCAUUAUGUUCACUAACACCUGAUAUUGAUAUGUUUAAUGCUGUCCUGUAUUUUCGUGUUGCUAAUGUCAGGAACAUAAAACUGAAAUAUUUCAUCGUCAUCAUUUACAUUAUGUGAAUUAUUUGUUAUUGUUUUUAACAAUUUCAACAAACUAAUUUCUUCAUUACAUCUGUAAGUGCUUUUUGCUUUUACUGUUGUGCCGCUGACCCUUUGUUGCAUUGUUGAGAUGGGGCUGAUAAGUAAUACACAGAUAAUGCAUUUUAUUUUAUAGAAAUUACACACUAUCAUACUUUGAAUGCAACUCGCAACAAAGUGCACAAUAUUUACAUAUUUAUAAUGGUACGUUUUAGUCAACACAAGAACAAAUCAUGUAAAAUGUUACUGAAAACAGACUUAUGCACCUUCAAAUCAAUUUCAUUGGCAGCUUUUCAAAGCUACAAAACUACUGGAAUUUUAACUAUUGUCUUUGACAUCAAAUCAAAUAAGAUAACAUAAGAUAAGUUAGGGCCUUGUGAUGUGGAAUGACCGCCCCAAAGGAAUCAGGUCAACUGGGUGUGAUCUCUUUUUAUUUAAAACAUACUUUUAUCAGAGAGCGUUUUCCAGCUUUAAUUAAAUGCUGAUUGAGAUUUCAAUUAAUAUUUCAAUUGUAUCACUGAGUGUUUUAUUGUUUUUAUUGACUGUAUCUUAUGUGCCUGUUUUUAUUUUAAUUGCAGUCUUUGUAAUGUUUUUGUAAUGUUGCUUUAAAAGUGCUAAUAAAUCACAUAAGUUGUACGCAAGGACGUGCACAUGAAGAAAUUAGAUAGAAAAAACGUGAGUAAGUUCACAAAAUACAGAAUAAAUAUUAACAAAAACAAA